AGACAAACUCAGAGAGAAUGUUACAAUAAACACAACACUGCGCCUCAGGGGCCUGAUCUAACUAUUUCUGGGCAACAGCAGGACCUUCCCUCACUGGAGAGGGGUACAGUUCAAAGUUGGCCCAACCGAGGAGAAGCCCGGCUGAUAGGCUGGUCCCUUUCUAAAGUCAACUAACUCUCACCCUUCAACUAUUGGUCCUGAGUUGUGCUGAGCUGGUUGCAGCCGCUCUCAACAGCACUUGGGACAUUGCACUGGACUUGUCAGGGCUGUAGCCUCCAGGAAUCAUGCCAUCCAUGGAUGAUAUUUUAGAGCAUAUAGGGGAAUUCCAUUUUUUCCAGAAACAAACAUUUUUCCUCUUAACUCUGCUCUCAGCUGCCUUUACCCCCAUCUAUGUGGGCAUCGUCUUCUUCGGCUUCACCCCCAACCACCACUGCUGGAGCCCCGGGGUGGCCGAGCUGAGUCAGCGAUGUGGCUGGAGCCAGGCUGAAGAGCUCAACUACACAGUGCCAGGCCUGGGGGCUGAGAAUGAGGCCUUUCUCCACCAGUGCAUGCAGUACCAGGUGGACUGGAACCAGAGCACCCUUAGCUGCGUGGACCCUCUGUCCAGCCUGCCUGACAACAGGAGCCGCCUGCCACUGGGCCCCUGUCAGCACGGCUGGGUGUACGACACGCCUGGCUCCUCCAUCGUCACUGAGUUCAACCUAGUGUGUACCAACUCCUGGAUGCUGGACCUGUUUCAGUCAGCUGUGAAUGUAGGGUUUUUUGUUGGUGCUGUGGCCAUUGGCUACCUAGCAGACAGGUUUGGCCGUAAAAUCUGCCUCUUGAUAACAAUUCUCAUAAAUGCUUCAUCUGGGGUUCUCAUGGCCAUUUCCCCAAACUACACAUGGAUGUUACUGUUUCGCUUGAUCCAAGGACUGGUCAGCAAAGCAGGCUGGAUAAUCGGCUAUACUCUGAUUACAGAAUUUGUCGGACUGAGCUAUCGGAGAACAGUGGGGAUUUUUUACCAAGUUGCCUUUACCAUUGGGCUCCUGGUGCUAGCAGGGGUGGCAUAUGCUCUUCCUCACUGGAGGUGGUUGCAGCUUGUAGUCACUCUGCCUAACUUCUUCUUCCUUCUCUAUUACUGGUGCAUCCCUGAGUCUCCAAGGUGGUUGAUCUCCCAGAACAAAACCAGGCAAGCAAUGAAGAUCAUUAAGCACAUCGCUAAGAAAAAUGGAAAGUCAAUGCCAGCCUCUCUUCAGAGCCUGAGAGCAGAUGAGGAAGCUGGAGAGAAGUUGAACCCUUCAUUUCUUGACUUGGUCAGAACCCCUCAGAUAAGGAAACACACUUUGAUCUUGAUGUAUAUUUGGUUCACAAGCUCUGUUCUCUACCAGGGCCUUAUCAUGCACAUGGGCCUUGCAGGGAGCAAUAUCUACCUGGAUUUCUUCUAUUCUGCCCUGGUUGAAUUCCCAGCCGCCUUCAUUGUCAUCCUCACCAUUGACCGCAUUGGUCGCCGUUAUCCUUGGGCUGUGUCAAAUAUGGUGGCAGGGGCUGCCUGUCUUGCUUCGGUUUUUAUCCCUGAUGAUCUACACUGGCUUAAAGUCACCAUUGCAUGCUUAGGUAGGAUGGGAAUCACGAUGGCUUUCGAAAUGGUUUGCCUAGUCAAUGCUGAACUGUACCCCACAUUCAUUAGGAAUCUUGGCGUGCUUGUCUGUUCCUCAGUGUGUGACAUCGGUGGCAUCCUCACGCCUUUCCUGGUCUACCGCCUCACAGAUAUCUGGCAGGAGCUCCCACUCGUGGUAUUCGCCAUUUUUGGCUUGGUAGCCGGAGGACUGGUGUUAUUGCUCCCAGAGACCAAAGGGAAGGCUCUGCCUGAGACCAUUGAGGAAGCUGAAGCCAUGCAGAGCAGACCAAGAAAAUAUAAGGAAAAUAUGAUUUACCUCCAAGUAAAGAAACCAGACAAUCCACUAAACUAAGAAGAAAGACCAUGGCUCCUACUGUGGUCUUGCUUUGAUGCUGCCAAAACCAGAAGCAGAGAUUUCCUCACUUAUCACAAAGCCCAUGCAAUUCACCCAUACUUACCCUUGAACUUCGUCAACUUAGAGCUAUAGCCAGUGGAGUUUAUUGCUCUGUAAAAGUCCCCCUACAGACUGGAUCCUGCCACGAUCUUCCAGCUCGCUCUGUCCUCAGAACUCCCAGGCCAUUGGUUUGCUUGAAUUUCUUCUCACCUUUGUAUUUCUUCAUUUGGUUCCUUUCCCACAUGACAUCAAACCAGAAUAUAUAAGGGAACUGUGGGUGAGGGAAAACAAAUAAAAAAGAUCUGAAAAAACAAUACAA